AUGGGUAAUCAUAUUGGGAAGAUUGGCCACUGCUUCGCCGGCGCCGGCGAUAUUUCCAGUCGUUAUGGUCCUGCCGACAUAAUCUCCGACCCCCACGACGGCGGUUUUGGCCACUCCUUUUACUAUCUCCCACCCGACCCACAAACCCUCUCCUCCUUCAAAGCUUUCCCCGAAGACUACAUCUCUCCAGCGACCAUUUUCCGGUCGAUUUCCGGCGCCUCUGUAAGCGCCAACGUCUCAACGCCGCUGUCCACGUCUCUGGUCGAUCUAUAUCCUUAUAGCACCACGUUUGAUCGGGCCGCUGCUUUCGAUUGCUCGAAUUCCUUUGCCUCUGUGCCGUUACAGCCGGUGCCACGCCACUCGAUGUCGGGAAAUUUCGGUGGAAACCCUUCUUCGGGUCCAAUGGAGAGAGGGUUCUUAUCCGGACCCUUGGCCGCCCGGAGCAUCGAAUCGUGCCCGAUAGAUCGAGUGGUUUACUCCGGCUCGAUUGAGAAGGGCGGCGGACCUGAGAAAUUGCAGAGAAGCGUCUCUAACGGCGGCGUUGGAGAUAGACAACCGAAAUCGAAAAGAAGAAGUCUCAUUCGGAUUCUGAAGAGAGCCAUAUCCAAAACCAUUUCUCGAAACCAGAAGGCUGCGAGUUCAUACAAACAUGAGAAUGCAGCUCAGACUCAAAGCAGUGUUCAUUUGAGCAGCCACGCCAGUUUGGCGCAGGAAGACGAUGGCGAUUACUUUGUCGGCGGUCAGGGCGUACAGUGGGCACAGGGGAAGGCCGGCGAGGAUAGAGUUCACGUGGUGAUAUUGGAGGAAAAUGGUUGGGUUUUUGUCGGAGUUUAUGAUGGAUUCAACGGGCCUGAUGCUCCUGAUUACUUACUCGCUAAUCUCUACACUGCCGUUCUCAAAGAGCUCAAGGGUUUGAUAUGGAAUGAUAAGUUGGAUUCAACUGCAACCACGUCUUCCAUGAACUCAUCCAACUCUGCUUUAAUUGAGGAAGACGAUCAUGGAACAACCCACAUAAAAACUCAGGCUAAUGUUCAUCAACCUACAGUGAACUUUUCGGCAGAAAAUAGGACGAGACAGCUGAUGAAGAAGGGCGAUCAGGAUCCAGAGAAUUGGAAAUGGGAAAGGGAAAGGGAAAGCAUAGGAUUAGAUCACCACAACAUAUGGGAUGAAUCAACAACAAUCAAUCAUUCUGAGGUGUUGAAUGCUCUAUCUGAAGCAUUGAAAAAAACAGAGGAAUCAUAUCUGCAGAAUGCAGACAAGAUGGCCACAAGAAAUCCUGAGCUAGCUCUAAUGGGUUCUUGUGUUUUGGUUAUGUUAAUGAGAGGAGAAGAUGUGUACCUGAUGAAUGUAGGAGACAGCCGUGCAAUUGUAGCGCAGCAACUCGAACCAUACAGAGACUUGGAGAGAAUCAAUGAAGGAACACUACGGGUAUUAGAAUCCCCUGAAAGAUUAACAGCCUUAGCUUCCCAUCAGCUUACGAUGGACCACAGCACGUACACAGAGGAGGAAGUUCAGAGGAUCAAGAAUGCUCAUUCUGACGACCCUUCAGCAAUUAUGAAUGACAGGGUGAAAGGUUAUUUGAAAAUCACACGGGCGUUUGGUGCUGGCUUUCUGAAACAGCCAAAGUGGAAUGACGCAUUGCUAGAGAUGUUCAGAAUAGACUAUGUGGGAAAUUCACCUUACAUCACCUGUGAUCCAACUCUGUGCCAUUAUAAACUCAGCCCAACUGACAGAUUCUUGAUAUUGUCGUCUGAUGGACUCUAUCAAUACUUUACAAAUGAAGAAGCUGUUGCUCAAGUAGAGUCCUUCAUUGCUUCUUUCCCUGAAGGAGAUCCUGCUCAAAAUCUCAUUGAAGAAGUAUUGUUCCGAGCAGCUAAAAAAUAUGGAAUGGCCUUCCAUGAGCUGCUUGAUAUCCCACAAGGGGAGCGGCGGAAGUACCACGACGACGUUUCAGUGAUCAUCAUUUCAUUAGAAGGAAGAAUUUGGCAUUGGUUGAUGUAAAUAAAGAUACUAGCCAAUAGAAAUCAAAGAUAACAACAGUAGGUGGGCCAAAUAAUUCUGCCAUUUAUUUCAUUGAUUCUUCUUCUUCAACCUUCAACACAGAGAGUGUAGAGUUGUUCAGCUUCCUCUUGCCUGUCUUCCACCCCAAAUUGUGCGUGCGUGCGUGUGUUGCAACUUGCAUCCAAUACAAAUACAUUCCAACGCAGAACUGUUUGGAAAAUUUCAGCAAUUUUGUUUAGCAGACUUAAGAAGUUUCUUCUCUAGGAGUCCUGACUUCCUACCAACCCACCCACCCAAAAUAAACAAUCAAUCAUUUACAACU